GGUUGUAAUUAGGGCGCCGCUGCGGCUGCUCUCUUGUCCCACAACGGCUGCUGCUCCGCUCCGCUCCGUACUCCAACGCCGCAAUGGCCUUCUGCCCUUGUUCGAAACCUGCCGCCUUCGAGAUCUCCUCUUCUUCUCCUCCUCUGUCGACCCUGCCGCCGCCGUAGGCGGCACCAUAUCUCCAGAUCCCCACUUCAUGGUGGAAUACCUCGUGAACUCUUGCGGGUUCUCCCCCUCCGAGGUCCGAGGCAGCCAAGUUCUCUAAACCUCUUGCGCACCUCCGAUCCACCGAGAAACCCGACGCCGUCCUUAACUUCAUGAGAUCUCAGGGCCUCGGUGGCGCCGCUAUCAGGAAGGUGAUAUCUUCGGAACCCAAUUACCUGUGCUACAACGUGGAGACGAACAUCGCCCCGAAGUUUCAGUUCUUACGUGAUUCGGGCCUAUCGGAGUCGGAUAUCGUCGAUGUCAUCCUGAAGAACGUUGUUAUUCUGCUCCUCGACGUUCACCGUUCCUUGGUCCCCAAAUUGGAGAUGUGGGAAAGUCUCUUGGGAUCGAGAGAGCUCGUUCUCAAGCAUCUCAAGAAGACCCGGUGGUUUUUCUUCUCCAGCGUUGAGAAGAAAUUGCAUCCUAACCUAAAGUUCUUGAGGGAUGAGUGCGGCAUUCCUGAAGAAAGGGUCUAUGUCGUCUUGAGAAGUCACCCACAAUUAAUCUCACAGAAACCAGAGUCUCUCCGAGCUUUGGUGGCGAGAGCAGAUGAACUGGGGAUGCCACGGCAAUCUCGGAUGUUCGUGCGGACACUUGAUGCUCUCCACAACGUAAGCCGAGAAAGGUUCGAGGCCAAGGUCGAGCUCAUGAGGAGCUUCGGGUGGUCGGAGUCGGAGUUUUCUUCUGCAGUCAGGAAAGCACCCACCUUCUUAUGCAUCUCCCUCGAUAUGUUGCGCAGAAAAGUGGAAUUUUUUAUCAAUGUAGUCGGGUACACUCCUUCCUUCAUCGCCUCCCAACCAUCUAUCUUGCUAUAUAGUCUGCAGAAGAGGGUAAUUCCUCGGUUUCGUGUUUUGGAGAUGUUGAAUACGAAAGGCUUGUGGACUCGACAAGGCACGUGUUUGUCCUAUGUGAAAUUAUCAAAUGCAAAAUUCCGGGAGAAGAUUGUUCUACCUUACAAAGAAAAGGUUCCUGAGCUUCUUGAUAUUUUGAGAGCUGGUGAGUGUGAAGGGAAAUGAGCCCUUUUAUUUGGUAUCAGAGGAGGAUGAGAAGGGCUUAGCUGCUGGUUUAACUCACAUUUGAAUUUCUCAUCCGGAGCUGAGCAGUGAUUCGGCACCUUUUUCCUUGACAACAAGCUGUCUUACAUCAACCACCAGCCUUGGCUACUGAGUUGCAGUCCAGUGAAUGAAUUAUUCCUUUGGUGUCAUAUGGUAGUAAUGUUGUAAUUGGAAGGUCUAUGCAGUGCCCAACACAAAAUGUCUUCCAGUUUUACUCACUAAGGUUCAUGGAAAAAGUCUGUUCUUUGUUGCAAAGCAGAAGUCCCUGGCCUGUUUGAAAUCUCUGAUAGAUGAAGGUAGAUUAUUCCCCUAGUUUGAGAUUCUGGAAAUAGAAUGCAAAUGGCUUCUCUAAAAGUCUAUUGAGGUGUGAGAUUCUUCUUAUGUGACAAGCUAGUUUAGCAUUGAUUAUAAACCAACUUUGUCUGUAUGUGAAAAUGCAAAUGGCACAGUAUUGUUGGUUUCUAUGUGAACUGCAGAUUUUAGAAAUUCUGCUUAGCAGUCCAACGGAGAUUAUUUUGGAUCUUAGGAACAUUUGGAUUCUGUUUAAGUUGAUUCUGAACGGGUAUUUGGAUUCUGACAAAUGUAAUUCCGGAUCGGUUAUUGGUUGUUGGGUGAGUGUGAAAGAGCCAUGUUUCAGAUUAAGUUAUGCAGUAUGUAUACACCACCAAAGAUGACGAGAAGUUAAAUGGAGUAGUACUUGCUCUGAUGAUUUUAGUAGCUGAAAAAAAUUUAAACCCCAAAGUGUUGUUUCUAUAAUUUAUUGUAGGGGCCUCAAUGGAAUUUGGAAGACCAGUUUUUGUGUUGAUCAGGAGUACCAUUGGUUUGGUACUCACCCAUUUCUUUUGCAUGUAAGAAGGUGUCACUUUGCUUGCAGGUUGAAUGGACUUCAGAGAAUCAAAACUUGUGUAUGUUAUACUGAAAUGCCUUCAGCCUCAUUGGAAUUGUUGAGUAUGCUAUCCUGAAUUGUCUUCAGCCUCACUGGAAUUGUAGAGUUUGCUAUCCUGAAAUGUCUUCAGCCUCAUUGGAAUUGUUGCCCAGGCAUUUCCUGCAUCAACAAACUCUAACAUGCAAACUAAUUUAUACGCCUAAACAUUUUAAAAUUGACACCAAAA